UAGAGGCGAGGACAUGUGGGUCCCAGUGGCGGGGCUUCAUCCGCGGCUGACGCUUUCAGCUUUGGCGGGCUCCGGUCGCUUUUGUGUUUUGCGGUCCCGAGCGGCGACGCAGAAGGGCUUGCCGGUGAGGAACCACCGUGACUUGUCUGACUCUUACCCGCAGUUGUUGCCUAGUCCCGAUUUCGGGCAAUCGCCCUCAAAGGUGUCUAACUGUCGCUCAGAGUCCAAGCGUUAUGUAACCUGUCGGAGACUGGCCGAGACCUUGGCGCAAAUCAUACCGGGGAAACAAAAACAGCCUUGCAACCUGUUGCUGGAGGUCAAUCCAGGUCCUGGAAUCCUGACUCAGGCAUUACUUGAAACUGGUGCCAAAGUGGUUGCCCUUGAAAGUGACAGAACUUUUAUUCCACAUUUGGAGUCCUUAGGAAAAAAUCUGGAUGGACAGCUACAAGUAGUCCACUGUGACUUCUUUAAAAUGGAUCCUAAAAGUGGUGGACUAGUAAAACCACCCGUAAUGGUUUCACAUACGCUUUUUCAGAAUUUGGGAAUAGAAGCACGUCCUUGGUCAGCAGGUAUCCCUUUAAAAGUAAUUGGAAUUUUCCCAAUGAAAAAUGAAAGAAAGUUACUUUGGAAACUUUUAUAUGACCUAUAUUCCUGUACUUCUAUAUAUAAAUAUGGACGAAUAGAACUAAAUAUGUUUAUUAGUGAAAGAGAAUACAAGAGACUAAUGGCAAAUCCCAGAAAUCCAAACUUCUAUCAGGUAUUAAGUGUACUCUGGCAAGUAGCUUGUGAGAUUAAGGUUCUGCACAUGGAACCUUGGUCGUCAUUUGAUGUGUAUACCCAAAAUGGGCAGCUGGAAAUGCCAAAGCGUAAGGAAUCAUUAGAACAAUUACAACAAAACCUGUAUUUUAUUCGAAUGACUCCUCGUAGGAAUUUAUUUACAGAAAACUUAACACCUAUUAACUAUGAUGUAUUUUUUCACAUGUUAAAGCACUGUUUUGGGAAGCGCAGUGCCAGGCUAAUAGACCAUUUACAUUCAUUGAGUCCAGUUGAUGCAAUGGAUGUUUUGAUGCAAAUAGGAAAAAAUGAAAGAGUGAAAGUAACUAAUAUAUAUCCUCAAGAAUUUAAACGUCUUUUUGAAACUAUAGAGUGCUGCAAAGAUUGUGCUUAUAAAUGGGUGUAUGAUGACAGCAUGAACAAUACAAAUGUGCAAGACACAUAAUUUCUUCUGAAGUUGAUACCAUUGGCAUAUUGGAUACAACAGUGGCUGCUGUUUUACUCUCAACUGAAUAAAGUGACAACUUGUUAAUUAUGGAUUUGAUCAGAUUGAUUUGUUUCAAAUUCCUAUCUACUGUAAACAUACUGGCACUUGUAGGGUAUUACCAGUUGAAAUUUAGUUUAUUCUUUAAAAUCGUUUUGGCCAAACAUUUUACAUGGUAUUAAUUUAAAUUUUUUUACUUUCACUGUUGCUGAUAUUUGUAUUGUCUUGGGGAGCAAAAGAGUCUAUACAUUAUUAAGCUUAGAAAGUAAACAAAACUGAUUUAAGUGGUUUGUUUUACUUUUCAUUUUGUUUUAAAGUGUAUUAUCAAGUACUGUACAAUGCAAUUAUUUAAAUUUUCAUAUGAUUUAAGCUUUUUUAGAAAUUAAAAUAUUUUACAUAAUAAGA